GCGGAAGAUCAGUCGUUAACCACGUUCUAAGUGAGGAAAAUGGAACCAAUUACUACAUUGAAUUGCGCUGUCAAAGUGAAGGAGGAAUCUUGCGAUUCGUCGCUAACUGAAAAUAAUGAUGAAAUAAUUGACAAGACACCGGAUUUCAAAACUUUUCAAUUUUCCAAAUUUUUUCAAGAUAAUCCAACACCUAUCCUUCAGAAAUGUGUCGGAAAUCAUGAAAGUGUACUUAAUAAUGACGUGAAAAUCGAAUUUGAGUGUGAAUGGGUAAAACCUAACUUGGUACUCAAAAAAAUUGACGAAUAUUCGCAAAGCCAAUGGCAGGAUAUGAAGAGUGGCUACAAUUAUGAAACUCAAAAUAAAAUCAAAGUGGAAACUGAAGGGAUUGUUAAAAAAGAGUUUUUUAACGACGAGGCACUCAAAUUACAUUUUGACUCUGAACUCAGCGAACAGAAUGAAAAAAGAAAUUUAUCCAAUGAGUUUGGUCAUAAACAUAAAUGCAAAACUCACAUAGAUACGACGUGUGGUAUUUGCGGUAAGACAUUCACACGGACGGGUAGUCUCAAGACUCACAUCGAUACGGUGCAUAUGGGUACUAAACAUGCAUGUGAUUUGUGUGAAAAGACAUUCACACUAAAAAGCAGUCUCAAAAUCCACAUCGAUUCGGUGCACAAAGGUGUCAAACAUGCAUGUAACGUAUGUGGAAAGACAUUCACACAAAAAAGUAGUCUCAAGACCCACGUCGAUACGGUGCAUAUAGGUACUAAACAUGCAUGUUAUGCGUGUGAAGAGAAAUUCUCAUAUAAGAAAAAUCUCAAUGAACACAUUGAUAUGGUGCACAAAGGUGUGAAAUAUGUAUGUGAUACAUGUGGAAAGUCAUUCAAACAAAAGAGCCAUCUCAAAACCCACAUCGAUACAAAACACAAAGGUGUCAAACAUGCAUGUAACGUAUGUGGAAAGACAUUCACACAAAAAAGUAGUCUCAAGACCCACGUCGAUACGCUGCAUAUAGGUACUAAACAUGUAUGUGAUGUGUGUGAAAUGAAAUUUUCGUACAAGAGUGUUCUAAAAACUCAUAUUGAUACAGUGCACAAAGGUGUCAAACAUGUAUGUGAUGUGUGUGAAAAGAAAUUCUCAUGUAAGAGGUAUCUAAAAAAACACAUUGAUAAAGUUCAUAAUGCUACUAAACAUACAUGUGAUGUUUGCGGAAAGGUGUUCGCUCACAAGUUCAGUCUCAAAGCUCACGUCAAUAUGGCACAUCGCUCACGCAUUAUAACCUAAUAAAUGUAAAAAAAUUAAUGUUCAAUCGUGUACAAAAUUACGAAGUAUGAUUUAUUAAUUUGUUCAAGAGAUUGAUUUGACAAUUUUUAUGUAUGAUGUUAUUUGUCAUCUCAUGAC